AUGGGUGCAAAUGCAUCAUCGCAAUUGGAAAAAGAAAUCAAUUCCGAUCAUCUUUUAAGCAAUGAACACUUUUAUGGAUUAGUCAACUUUGGUAAUACGUGCUAUUGUAAUUCGGUUAUUCAAGCCUUGUAUUUCUGUAAACCUUUUCGGGAAAAAAUUCUUCAGUAUAAGCAACAAUUAAAAAAGUCAGGAAAUCAAAAAGAAAAUUUGCUCACUUGUUUAGCUGAUCUCUUUCACAAUAUUGCAACACAAAAACGGCGAGUUGGAACAAUCGCUCCAAAACGUUUCAUAACAAAACUGAAAAAAGAAAAUGAUAUUUUCGAUAAUUAUAUGCAACAAGAUGCACAUGAAUUUCUCAAUUACCUAUUAAAUACGAUAUCUGAAACCCUUUCUGAAGAAAAGAAGAAUGAAAAAUUAUCUCGAGCCAAUGGUACAAUUAAAAAAGGCUUAGCUGCGGUUAAUCCCACGACUAAUCAAGAUAAUCGUCCACACUGUCAGCCAAGUGGAUCAAAAUGUGAAUCAACUUGGAUACAUGAUAUAUUCCAAGGAACUUUGACAAAUGAAACUCGUUGUCUAAACUGUGAAACUGUUUCGAGUAAGGAUGAAGAUUUUUUGGAUCUAAGUGUUGAUGUUGAACAAAAUGUUUCUAUUACGCAUUGCUUACGUGUAUUUUCGAACAUGGAAACUCUUAAAGGCGAUCAGAAAUAUUAUUGUGAAAAUUGUUGCUCAAAACAAGAGGCACAAAAGCGGAUGCGGAUUAAAAAAUUACCACAAAUGCUUGCUCUUCAUCUCAAACGGUUUAAAUAUGUUGAACAAUUAAAUCGAUAUACGAAACUUUCUUAUCGAGUGCUAUUUCCUCUUGAAUUACGUCUUUUCAAUGUGAGUGAUGAUGCAGUGAAUAGGGAUCGGUUAUAUGACUUAUGUGCAGUUGUUGUACAUUGUGGAUCGACUCCAAAUAGAGGACAUUAUAUUACUGUUGUUAAAUCAAAUGCAUUUUGGUUGCUUUUUGAUGAUGAUAUCGUUGAUAAGAUUGAUCCCGUUACAAUGGAGGACUUUUUUGGUCUUUCUGAAUGUGGAGUUCAAAAAAAUAGUGAAUCUGCGUAUAUAUUGUUCUAUGAAGCUCAAGAUGUUGCCAUUUCAAAUGACGCGAAAGCUCAUACAACUGCUUCACUUUGA